AUGCGGGUGGGACACUAUCAAUACCUCAAAGGCAGUUAUUGGUAUCCAAGAACUGACGAAAAAACUGCACUUGCCAAGGAGAUUGUACAAACUUGGCCUGCAACAAAAGAUGCAACACCAGGGUUACAGGGCCAUGAACACUUUUAUAGUGAAGGUAAUGGGUCAAGUUUUAUCCAGUCAAGACUGAAAAACAUCAGAAGCUCCCAGAAGGUGAGAAAGCGUGGUCAUGAUGGUAGCAAGAGACCAAGCCUUCCUGAUGAUCAUGAAGAGCAUUUGCAAGAUGGGGAGGAAGACGAGCCAGAACUAGAUGGUGUAGUAAAUCAACAAACACUUGAAAAGGUUGAGUGGAUGAAGUAUACAGCCCCCAGACAGCAAACAAAAGCCCAAUUAACAGAAGUCUUUGUGGAUACACAUAAAUACAGACAGGCCCUGAUCACUCAACAAGAAAUGACCAUUACUGAUAUUGUAAAUCAGUUUCCUCGUUAUAGAGAUAUGCCCCAGUUGGUUGGAACUGAUGUGGAAGCUGCAGUACAGGGCAAAGAGUCCAUAUAUCGGCAACCGUUUCUGUUAAGCCUGGGGGAAGAGAUGAAGCCAAGUCAGUACUUCUUGGUUGUGGACAAAAUUCCAAUACCAGCAGCAACAACUACAGUGGAAAGUUUUGAUAUGGUCUUCAAGUCCCACUUUGCUUUUAAAGUAGAGUAUGCUUCCCCAUUGAUGCCGUUUUACACUUUCAUGGCUGCAUUUGUCUACGCGGUCUUGCCGCCAUCCCAGGUGGCAGCUAGUAUUAGAUCGUUGGCAGCAAACAUAAGAAAUAUGGGAGAGAUCUGAAACUAAGCAUUAUAGACAAGGGUAAACUUUAUCCUUGGAAUGUACUUGACAUGUUAAAAUACAUUUCAGUGUAGUUGAACCUUAAGAUUUAGGCCAUGUACCUUCCCGAUAAAAUACAAUACAUUUCAUUAUAAUAUACCUGUAGAUGUAGAUACAAGCAGCUAAUAUGAAAGUGUACUUUAUCAGCUUUGUGUGCCUUUUUUAUUUUAAAAAAUUUGACUUCUUGGACCCUUAGAUACUCACAUUUUUCUGAGGAUAUAGAUCAUUCUUGGACACCAUGUGGACAUACUUCUGAUCUAAUCAUGAAUGCAGGGAAAAACAUUUUACAAAACCUAUGCAUCUCUCAUUCUCAAAAUUCUGUCAGUAUAGUAAGCCAAAAUAAUGCAAAAACUAGAACACAAAAUAUUUGACCCAUUCUGUAAUUUAAAUUUGACACUCUGGUUGUGUUGGUGUUUUCCCAAUUUUGCUGUGUUAAUUGUUUCAACAAUGUAAAGUUUACAUUGUUCUUGGGACACUUUUUACUUGAACUGUAAGCACAUUGUUUUGUGAUAAUAGAUAUCUCUGAAAUGUGGCAGUUAAUUGCAUAUUGAAUUGAAAUGGAUGCAUUGUAAAGUUAUUGUGAAUGUAAAAUGUCCUGUAAAGUGGUGGUAUUAGGCUAAAAAAAAAUAAAAAUACUGUCUCAAAGCUUGUGAGAAUUUUUAGAUCUGAUGCAGAAUGCGAUUUCUUUUUUUACUCUUCAAAUUUCAACUGAGUUCCGCCUCCACACACAUCCGUAACCAAAAAUGACUGAAAAGCUUCCAUGUUCAUAUUUUUUGGAAACCACAUAGCAUUCCAUAGGUUUUUUGACCUCCCACUGCUUCAAUUCGUUCAAAACAGCAAACUUUCUUUUAAAAAUGAAAAUGAAAAAAAUAAACAACUGGAAAAAAUAAAAGUCUGACUUUUACAGAAUCAAAUGUGCACGGUAAAACAAAUGCGUGCGGCAGCUUUGAGACAUAUACAUUUUUUUUUAAAGCCUUAUAGCAUGUAUUUUGAUAUUUAAAGAUCCAUAAUUUUUGGUAUCCCUCACAAAACAUGUUGUGGAUGCUUAUGUUAUGGUGCAGUUGACCAACUGACUAUAUCUGCCGGGAACACGAGUAAUCCACUCUGCAGGCGAAACACAAAUCGCAUUCACUUCAAACUUAUUGGUAUAGUUUGGGAGUACCUAGCUCCCUAGAUGACCUCAUUAUAAAUUGGUCAAUUUUAGUAAAUUGCAAAAUGGCAAUGAAUAAAUGGUGUGUAAUGUGUUGCAAUACAUGUGCCACCCGCAUUUAGGGAAAAAUAUUGUAGAAUGUUUGUAACUAAUGGAUUACUAA